CAGAGGGUUCAUUCACUGUGACAGCACGCUCUUUCCCAGAAGCCUUUCCUCAUAUUGUACACAAUCAUCAUGGCGGCGCAGGAUGGUGGGUAGCAUGAAAAUGAAGUGAGGUAGGAGAAAUGGAAGACGAGGUCAUGCAGAAAGCACCAGAAGUAUUGUGUGAGGCUGCUGGGCAAGGAGAUGCAGCAGGGACUGAACAAGCAUCUCUUACCGAUGGUGAAAGCAUGUCAACUGAGCUUCGUGUUGUCAGCAAUGGAGAGGAAAGCGAUGAGGGGAAAGAGAUGGUGGAAGUGAAAAUCAUUUGGAACAAAAACAAAUAUGAUCUUAAAAUUCCUUUAGAUGGCACUGGGGCUAAGUUGAAAGAGAAGAUUCACACACUCACUGGUCUUCCACCCGCUAUGCAGAAAGUGAUGUACAAAGGACUGCUACCAGAGGACAAGACACUUAGAGAAAUCAAAGUUACUAAUGGUGCAAAAAUAAUGGUGGUCGGGUCUACAAUAAAUGAUGUUCUAGCUGUAAAUACACCAAAAGAAGUUAUACAGCAAGAAGUUAAAGCUGAGGAAAACAAAAAGGAGCCAUUGUGCAGGCAAAAGCAACACAGAAAAGUUUUGGAUAAAGGAAAACCAGAAGAUGUCAUGCCGUCAAUAAAAGGAGCCAAGGAGCGCCUUCCAACAGUGCCUUUAUCAGGAAUGUACAACAAAUCUGGUGGAAAAGUACGACUCACUUUCAAACUGGAACAGGAUCAGCUGUGGAUUGGAACAAAAGAAAGAACAGAAAAAAUCCCAAUGGGUUCCAUUAAAAAUGUUGUGACUGAGCCAAUAGAGGGUCACGAGGACUAUCAUAUGAUGGCAUUUCAGCUGGGUCCGACAGAAGCCUCACAAUAUUGGGUCUAUUGGGUGCCUGCACAGUUUGUUGAUGCAAUCAAAGACACAGUCCUUGGAAAAUGGCAGUAUUUUUAACGUGCCUCUAUAUAGACACUGAAAAAUUGGGAUUAAGAGCAGAAUAUUGAAACAUUAACUGGAGCCAACACAAUAAUCUGAAGAACUGAUUUUUCUGAAGUAUAAACCGAGCAAACCGAAGGAUUCAUGUUGGACAAAAUAUGAUUUCUGGUUUUUAAGUGCACUAAAUGUCAGCAUCCCGUUUUUCAAACUGUUUCACUACUCGUUUUUUUUUAAAGCUAUCCCAGGCAUAAACAGAGAAUUGUACAGAACUUGCAAAUACAUUUCUCGUAGGUAUUCUGAUAGAAAUAAAAAAUUAUUUAAGGAAAAUAUUUGAUGGCAUAUAGAAAGAUUUUAUCUAGUAUAUUCCUUGGUUUACCAUACAACUCAAGCAAACUUGCCAAAGUUUACAAUUCACAACAGUUGUUGAUUUUACAAUUAGCUUCUCUUAUUGCACAGACUAUAGUUUACAUGUAAAACAGCAAUGUUGUAACACUCAAAAAUGAAAUUUAUCCAGGUAAAAAAAAAAAAAAGAAAUUGCAUUUCAGUAUUUUUUUAAAAAAAAAAAAUUUAAGCAUAUAAACAUCUAAUCAUUUUCUGUGGGUACAUUGCAGAAUUACAGCUCUAAUGCCAAGAAUACAAUUAUUCUGCUUCUGUCCUCUCAACAAACCCUGUGAUACUUUGAGAAAAGGCAAUACUUAUUGAUAUUUUGUUGUAAAUUCAGGGAUGUCCCUUAACCCAAACCCUCGCUCUCAGUUCAGAUGUAAUAUUAGGAAGAACUGUGUUAAUGUUCCAUAAAUACAGUCACAUAACCAAGUUGCUGAGGAGUAAGUAUUCGGAUAUACAGCCAGAUUGUCAUGCAUGUUGUUUAUUUCAAACAUGGUGCUAACCAAUGAAAAGCAUUUUUAUUUCAAUAAAACCCAAAAGUAAGGAGUUUCAA